AUGCCAGGUCGAAGAACGUUCAAUGGAUGCUGGACGUGCCGGUCGCGCAAAGUCAAGUGUGACGGACAACGAGAAUCAUGUGCUCGUUGCGAGAAAGCUGGAUUGACCUGUAAGGGCUAUGAUAUCAAGCUUUCAUACUACCAGUCGCUUACGGUUUCCAGAGACGGUCAGCUCAUAGAUAGCACCAAAACACCAUCUGGAAAACCCGAAAAACAUACGAGACGGAAGAUGCUGUUGGUUCAGUAUCCGCCCGAGCUGCAGUACCAAACGUUUGCCGCCUUGAACGGCAGUAUAGAUCGUCUUGACACUGCCGUGGCAUCUGGUGCACCUUCAUAUGACAUAGGGCCAUUUCGCGUAUACGCUUCCACGGUUCAAUUGCCUAUGGCUCUGCUACCGCGGGUGCAAACGGCACCGGCAAAACGCCGCCCCCUGGAGCCAGUACAUUCCCAGCAGCUGUCGGUGUACCGACUCCAGGACCUUUUGAAUGGAGAAGCUGGUAGAGAAGAACUUGGAGGACGCGAGCCUCCGCUAGAGUCGGACUCCUACGAUGCCAACGACGCGGCCGAAGCACCCGUGUACGGGGCGGCCGAGCUUGUGGCACCACUGCUCAUGCCGCUCGCACGGCUCUCGAUCCAUGCCAUCAAAGGCCCCGACUAUCACAUUAACGACCAGAAUAUUCACCAUAUUACAUACCCGACGUUUUUCCCCAACAUCGAUUCCGACGACUGGGUGCCUGGGGUGCUGGAGAUGGAAAAGCUUGUACGGCGUGGCACCGGCCUCACGCUAGCACCGCUCUACGUCGAGCUUCUUCGGGAGUUCUCAAGUAUCAGUGCGAUCUUCCUAAAGGUAAAAUUUGCAGCCACUGAAAACCACCCAGAUUUUUGGACACUCUAUGUCAAGCCGCUUGUGGAUAGUGUAGUACUAUCGGAAAUUGCCUCCAGGGAUGCGGAAAUCACGGAUGUGUCUGUGGACGAAGUGGGGCUGGCCGGCGAUAAAACUAGACGGUGGACUCGGCACCUCCAGCAGGCGAUCCAUGGUUUGGUGCUCAGCGUGGCGGCGUUCCGCCACAGCACAGCCGCCAAGUUUCGGAUCAGACACAACACCGAUAUUCCUGGAGAUAUAGCUCUUUCCAUCUGUCUACGGAAACGUGCACUCAACAUGCUCAACUUCCACUUGGAUGAGUACGACGACAUCCAUGAAGCAAUCCCCCCUUUCUGCCAUCUCAAGUACGAUACCCAGUUGCUCUUGGCGAUCGUUUUGCAGCUUGAAAUCGACACUUACUAUAACGUAUUUGAGAACCUUGAACUUCUCUUUAGUAUUGGAGAACUUGUGGCACAAGGCCCGUUGAAGAAGUGCGGCAACGAUGUGUCUAUAUGCCUUGUCACCAUGUUCGAGGUGAUGACAACGAUGUACAAGCUGACGCAACGGAUAAAUGUGUAUAACUAUCAGAUGAGUGAGAGCGACAUGGACCGGUACGAUGACUUGCACGACUCGUACGACUUGGUGCGGGCGCUAGGGGCCAGCCGUGCAAGCACCGAACCAGAGCCGGAUGACCACGAUGAGCCAGCAAUUGUGGGACCAACAUCGUCUACACAGCCGCUCGUGGACCAUACUGACUACAACGACUAUACGGCCGACGUGGGUGUUGACCCGCUUGCCACGACCCUUACACCGGCCCAGGCGGUCUACGCGGCGUACGGAGUCCCCCAGUCUCUUUGUGUGCUUCUCGAUCAUAUUGUCACUCUUGCCAACCACAAGCGAGUGUUCUACAGCGAGAAACGGUACCCCCGAAACUUUCCUAAAAUUUGCAGCGAGUUUGAAGAAAAACUCGAGAGAUGGCACGUCCAGUGGGACCUCCGCAACAGCACCGGGAAGUUCAAAAGCCGAGCUCAUCAGGCCGUAUGGUGGUAUAUUCAAGCGGUGCACGCAGCCAUCAAAAUCUAUUUUCGGCGGCUCAUCAAGUCGCAAGCGAGCGCCGCACACGUGACGGAGAUCCUGCGAGCGGUCCAGGAGAUGCAACAGGACGGGGCUAUCAGACUCCGACUUCCAUUCUGGGUGGGGCUUAUGUGUGCCAACGAGACCAACUAUGAAACCUCUAAGGCAGUAAUUGCCGCUUGUUUUGGAGAAGAUCUUACCUAUUGGCGGGCCCAGCAGGUGAUCAUCGAGAUGGACAAGCGGCGUGCGCACGACCCAAUCAUCUGGAUGGAGUUAGUGCGCGAGUGGGACAUUGCAUUAUUUUUAGGGUGAGACCCAAACGGGAGCCCGCCACAGCCAGUUACAGCGAUAUUUUUACCGGUGUUAUCCCAAGCGAUAUAUUUAGCGAUUCGCGGGUGGCGAUGGGGCUCACGUGACAAUACCUCCCAACUAGUUGCGCCACGUACGAAUAUCACAUUCACCUACCCCUCUCA